AAAGAUAAUAUUAGUGGCUAAUGGCUUUUAAACAUUGUUUAUUCUAUUCAAUAGAUAGGAGGUCCCUCUUGGUAUUAUUAUAGCUAAGGUCAUAUCGAGUAAGAAUAAGCGCCUACAUAUGCUUAUUACAAACACUGCUAUUAAUUGGGUUCCAGAAUCUGGACUUUUGUUGAAGAUAUUAGUCCAGUUACUUUAGGAUCUUAGAGAGACAGAAAGAGAGGAAGGGAGAGCAAGAGGGUUGUUCAGUGGUAUCUGAAAAAGAAUGAAAAUAAUCCGUGUUUGUGGAAUGGAUGUAGGGCUUGAAAAAUUGUAGAAGUUUUGAUUUGGAUUAUGAGUUGGAGGUUUUUAAGAUAAUCAAGGUGUUGGGGGGAUAGUUAUUGAUAGAGAAAGAAGCAAUUUUGAUGGGUAAAAAGAAGCCAAGGAAAACCAAAGAGAUUUCAGUUGCAAUAGCUGAAGCUUCAUCAGCAGGAGAUGAAACCCAGCAGCAGGCUCAGCCUCAGACGCCUAGAAAGAGAGGAAGGCCUCGGAAGAUCGUUGAGAAGACUGAAAGUGAAGAGAUUAAUAUUGAAGAACAAACUGGAACAGAAGCAGAAGCAGCACCGGAAGAGAGUCGAUCAAAGAAAGUUAAAAAGAGUGAAGAAGAACAAAAACAACAGGUUACGACGGAAACAUCAUCGGCUUCUAUGAAGAAAGGAGAGGGCCAGUCUUCGGAGAGUCAACCAUCAAGACAACCUCCAACUUCAAGAAGCAGCAGAGCUAGGAGAAAAAGCAAACCCAGAAAGAGCAGCUAAACUUACUAGGUUUUAAUCAUUAAAUCUUUCUGGGUCGAUCUUUUUUUUUUUAAUUCAUAUUGUGAUGGCAACACAAAUCAUUAAUAAUAUAAAAUAGAAAGCCAAUUGAUUUUGUGUUCAAAAUCUUUACAUCGUUCUUUUUUUGAGUUCUCAUGAUUAGCAAUCAUGGUGAAGGUAGCUUAUAUCAUUCCUUGACAUCUCCAUGAAAUCAUAAACAGAAAGAAGAAUAAAAGAAGUUCAUUUUUGUGUUCGAUUUCAA